AUGGAUGGCGAAGUGGACGUUGAGGCGUUGAACGCAGCUCACAGCGAAGCAGCUCCACAGAUCAGUUGCCAGAGUUUACAGAUGGGAGCUCAUCGCCACGCUUGGCUGAAGAUCUCUCGCUCUGAUAACACGGGAGAGGAUUUCAUCAUCUUUCAACUGGUCAACACUCUGAAGAGACCCAAACGGCCGCCGUUAAGAGAGUUUUUUGUCGACGACUUCGAGGAGCUUCUGGAAGUCCAGCAGCCAGACCCCAACCAGCCCAAGGCGGAGGGGGCCCAGAUGGUGUUGCUGCGGGGCGAGCAGCUGGGCGUGGUAACCAACUGGCCCCCGUCCCUGGAGGCGGCCCUGCAGAGGUGGGGUACCAUCUCUCCGAAGGCGCCCUGCCUCACCACCAUGGACAACAACGGCAAGCCGCUCUACGUGCUCACCUACGGAAAACUGUGGUCCAGAAGUGUGAAGGUGGCCUACAACCUGCUGCACAAACUGGGAACCAAACAGGAACCACUCGUCAGACCUGGAGACCGGGUGGCGCUGGUCUUCCCCAACAACGACCCUGCUGCCUUCAUGACUGCUUUUUACGGCUGCCUGCUGGCCGAAGUCGUCCCUGUGCCAAUAGAAGUACCGCUGACCAGGAAGGACGCCGGCAGUCAGCAGAUCGGCUUUCUGUUGGGGAGCUGUGGAGUGACCGUGGCUCUGACCAGCGACGCCUGCCAUAAAGGCUUACCUAAGAGUCCCACUGGAGAGAUCCCACAGUUCAAAGGCUGGCCCAAGGUGCUGUGGUUCGUCACAGAGUCCAAACACCUCUCCAAACCUCCCCGAGACUGGUUCCCACAUAUCAAGGACGCCAACCAGGACACGGCCUACAUCGAGUAUAAGACCUGUAAGGACGGCAGUGUCCUCGGCGUGACGGUGAUGAGGAUAGCCAUGCUCACACACUGCCAGGCCCUCACACAGUCCUGCUCAUACACAGAAGCUGAGACCAUAGUGAAUGUAUUAGACUUCAAGAAGGACGUAGGACUGUGGCACGCCGUCCUGACUAGUGUAAUGAAUAUGAUGCACGUCAUCAGUAUUCCCUACGCUCUCAUGAAGGUCAACCCUCUGUCCUGGAUCCAAAAAGUCUGCCAGAACAAAGCCAAGGUGGCGUGCGUGAAGUCGCGGGACAUGCACUGGGCUCUGGUGGCCCACCGGGAGCAGCGGGACAUCAACCUGAGCUCCCUGCGCAUGCUGGUGGUGGCUGACGGUUCAAAUCCCUGGUCCAUCUCGUCCUGUGACGCCUUCCUCAACGUGUUCCAGACGAAAGGUUUGAAGCCUGAGGUCAUAUGUCCCUGUGCCAGCUCCCCCGAGGCCCUGACUGUAGCUUUAAGGAGGCCCGUGGAGGAGGGCAGCGACCCCCCCGGCCGCGGCGUCCUGUCCAUGCAGGGGCUGAGCCACGGUGUGAUCCGGGUCGACUCGGAGGAGAAGCUGUCGGUGCUCACGCUGCAGGACGUGGGCUCCGUCAUGCCCGGAGGUAUGAUGUGCGUGGUGAAGGCCGAAGGCGUUCCUCAGCUCUGUAAGACGGACGAGAUCGGAGAGUUGUGCGUUUGUACUGUUGCCACGGGAACGUCCUACUACGGCCUGGCCGGCAUGACCAAGAACACCUUCGAGGUCUUCCCUGUGAGCAACACCGGGGCUCCCAUCGGUGAGUUUCCCUUCACUAGGACCGGCCUGCUGGGGUUCAUCGGACCCGCGGGGCUGAUCUUCGUGGCGGGGAAGAUGGACGGUCUGAUGGUGGUCGGAGGGCGGCAGCACAACGCCGACGACAUCGUCGCCACGGCGCUCGCUGUGGAGCCAAUGAAGUUUGUGUACAGGGGCAGGAUAGCGGUGUUCUCCAUCACCGUGCUGCAUGAUGAGAGGAUCGUGGUGGUGGCGGAGCAGCGUCCCGACUCCACCGAGGAAGACAGCUUCCAGUGGAUGAGCCGAGUUCUGCAGGCGAUAGACGGCAUCCAUCAGGUAGGGGUGUACUGCCUGGCUCUGGUGCCCUCCAACACUCUGCCCAAGACUCCCUUGGGUGGCAUCCACCUGUCGGAGACGAAGCAGCUGUUCCUGGAGGGGGCGCUGCACCCCUGCAACGUGCUCAUGUGUCCGCACACCUGCGUCACCAACCUGCCCAAACCCCGGCAGAAGCAGCCAGAGAUCGGUCCUGCGUCUGUGAUGGUGGGGAACCUGGUGUCGGGGAAGAGGAUCGCCCAGGCCAGCGGCAGGGAUCUGGCUCAGAUCGAAGACAAUGACCAGGCAAGGAAGUUCCUCUUCCUGUCAGAGGUGUUACAGUGGAGAGCCCAGACCACUCCGGACCACGUCCUGUACACGCUGCUCAACUCCAGGGGUACGAUAGCCAGCUCUCUGACUUGUGUUCAGCUGCAUAAGAGGGCAGAGAAGAUCGCCGGCAUGCUGGCUGAACGGGCCCACCUACAGGAUGGAGACCACGUGGCACUGGUCUACCCUCCAGGUAUCGACCUCAUCGUGGCCUUUUACGGCUGCCUGUACGCCGGCUGCGUGCCGAUCACGGUGCGACCGCCACACCCGCAGAACAUCGCCACCACGCUGCCCACCGUCAAGAUGAUCGUGGAGGUGAGCCGCUCGGUGUGUGUGAUGACCACACAGCUCAUCUGUAAACUGCUGAGGUCCAAGGAGGCCUCGGCAGCCGUGGACGUCCGGACCUGGCCCCCCGUCCUGGACACAGACGAUUUGCCAAAGAAGAAACCUCCUCUGCUGUAUAAGCCGUCCAACCCCGACACCCUGGCCUACAUGGACUUCAGUGUCUCCACAACUGGCAUGCUCGCUGGAGUCAAGAUGUCUCACACAGCCACCAGUGCCUUCUGCCGCUCCAUCAAGCUGCAGUGUGAGCUUUACCCGUCCAGGGAGGUCGCCAUCUGCCUGGACCCGUACUGCGGCCUGGGCUUCGUCCUCUGGUGCCUUUGCAGUGUGUACUCAGGUCACCAGUCCAUCCUGAUUCCUCCGGCCGAGCUGGAGGUGAACCCGGCUCUCUGGCUGUCGGUCGUCAGUCAGUACAAAGUCCGCGACACUUUCUGCUCCUACAGCGUCAUGGAGCUCUGCACCAAAGGCCUCGGCCUGCAGACCGAGUCGCUGAAGUCUCGAGGGUUGGACUUGUCUCGGGUGAGGACGUGUGUGGUUGUAGCGGAGGAGCGUCCCAGGAUAGCCCUGACGCAGUCCUUCUCCAAACUCUUCAAGGACCUGGGGCUGCACCCUCGAGCCGUCAGCACCUCCUUCGGCUGCCGGGUCAACCUGGCCAUCUGCCUGCAGCCUCACAGGCUGGGAAAGCUUGCUGACCAGGGAACCUCAGGACCUGACCCCACGACUGUGUUCGUCGAUAUGAGAGCGCUACGGCAUGACAGGGUGCGACUAGUAGAGAGGGGGUCACCACACAGCCUGCCUCUGAUGGAGUCUGGGAAGAUCCUGCCGGGGGUCCGAAUCAUCAUCGCCAACCCAGAGACCAAGGGACCAAUGGGAGAGUCACAUCUGGGCGAGAUCUGGGUGCACAGCGGCCACAACGCCAGCGGCUACUUCACCGUCUACGGGGACGAGGCGCUGCAGUCGGACCAUUUCAACUCCAGGCUCAGCUUCGGAGACACGCAAACCGUCUGGGCUCGAACCGGAUACCUGGGCUUCCUCCGCAGGACCGAGCUGACCGACGCCAGCGGAGAGCGUCACGACGCCCUGUACGUGGUCGGUGCGCUGGAGGAAGCCAUGGAGCUUAGAGGGAUGCGUUACCACCCCAUCGACAUCGAGACCUCCGUCAUCAGGACGCACAAGAGCAUCACAGAGUGCGCCGUGUUCACGUGGACCAACCUGCUGGUGGUGGUGGUGGAGCUGGAUGGCUCGGAGCACGAGGCCCUGGACCUGGUCCCCCUGGUCACCAACGUGGUCCUGGAGGAGCACUACCUGAUCGUGGGCGUGGUGGUGGUGGUCGACAUCGGCGUCAUCCCCAUCAACUCCCGCGGCGAGAAGCAACGCAUGCACCUGCGCGACGGCUUCCUGGCCGACCAGCUGGACCCCAUCUACGUGGCCUACAACAUGUAGCGCCCUUCCCCACCCCC